AUGACUAUCACCAUUGGAGUUCUCGCACUACAGGGUGCUUUCUUUGAGCAUAUACAGCUACUGAAAAAGGCCACGGCGCAAGCUUCCCCGUCGGAUUGGCAUUUCAUCGAAGUACGAACGCCACAAGAGCUGGCAGCAUGCGACGGCCUUGUUUUGCCCGGAGGAGAGAGUACUACCAUGUCUUUGGUUGCAGCGAGAUCCAAUUUGCUUGAGCCAUUGCGCGAAUUCGUGAAAGUGGAUCGCAAACCAACGUGGGGUACUUGCGCUGGCCUGAUCUUGCUAGCCGAGUCCGCCAACAAGACCAAGAAGGGUGGACAGGAGUUGAUUGGAGGUCUCGACGUGCGAGUGAACCGCAACCACUUUGGCCGACAGACUGAGAGCUUCCAAGGCCCAUUGGAUCUGCCUUUCUUGGGUGCAGAUGCCGCUCCUUUCCCAUCCGUGUUUAUUCGAGCUCCGAUUGUUGAAAAGAUUCUGCCGCACCAUGAGGGUGUGCAAACAGAAGAAAUCAAGCAAGAAGAUGUCAUUGUGGCACCAUCUCGACAGGUGCGAGAUUCAGUGGCGCAAGCAGCAACAGCAGACGAAGUCGAAGUACUGGCCACAUUAGUUGGACCCGCAGCUCGUUCAGCCACAGAAGGUCAGGACGGCGAUCCUGAUAAGGAGGUUGGAGAUAUCGUGGCAGUGCGACAAGGCAACGUCUUUGGUACCAGCUUCCACCCAGAACUGACAGGCGACGCAAGAAUUCAUGCUUGGUGGCUUCAGCAGGUGCAAGCAGCUGUGCUCAAGCGGAACAAGUUGAAGCAAUAG